GGCUACUACCACCUCCGUCUUUAAAUUCUCUCGUCUACUCAUUCCCCCGACAACACAAAAAACAUCAUAAAACCUCCUCUUCUCCCUCAAGUUCAAAGUUCAGUCCCUUCCUCCUCCUCCUCCUCCUCCUCCUCCUCCUCCAAUGAGCUCGAUCCCUAGCUUCGAUCCCAAGGUCUUGCUCGCCGCCGUCUGGGCGGUAGCACUCAUCUCCCCGCUCCAUGGGGCCGCCUCCUAUAUAGCGUCGCCGCCUCCUCGCGACGCGACGGUGCCGGCGGCCUAUGCUUUCGGAGACUCGAUCGUGGACCCGGGGAACAACAAUGGGCUGGCGACCGUGGCCAAGUGCAACUUCCCGCCCUACGGUCGGGAUCUCGACCAGGGCGUGCCGAUGGGGCGGUUCAGCAACGGCCGAGUCCCUUCGGACAUGUUGGCUGAGAAAUUGGGAGUUAAGAAGCUCUUACCAGCUUAUCUGGAUCCAAAUUUGGAGCUCCAAGACCUCCUCACCGGCGUGAGCUUUGCCUCUGGAGCCAACGGAUAUGAUCCUCUCUCUGCCGAAUUAAUUAUGGUACUAUCCUUGUCGGAUCAAUUGGAUUUCUACUCCAAGUACAUGGAAACCGUACGUUCGGAGGUCGGGGAGGAGAGAGCGUCGGCCAUCGCAUCCGAGAGCUUGUACAUAGUGUGCAGCGGCGCUAAUGACAUAACCAACACUUACUUCGCAACGCCGUUGAGAAGAUUCGAGUACGACAUCUCGUCCUACACCGAUCUCAUGGUUGGCUCGGCUUCGAGUUUCCUUCGGGAGCUGUACGGACUAGGGGCAAGGAGAAUUGGGGUGCUCAGCCUGCCGCCGGUGGGGUGCAUCCCGUCGCAGAGGACUCUACAUGGAGGCCCAGAGAGGGACUGCUUCGACCCGGCCAACGAAGUGGCCAUCCUCUUCAACUCCAAGCUCAGCGCCGAGAUCGACUCCCUCAACGAGGACCUCCCCGGAGCUAGGCUUGUCUACGUCGACAUUUACUACCCUUUGCUCGCCAUCAUCCAAGACCCUGCUCGAUUCGGAUUUAAAGUCUCUACAAAAGGGUGCUGCGGCACGGGGAACAUAGAGGUGAGCUAUCUCUGCAACCGUCUCGAUCACCCCGACACGUGCGGCAACGACACCGAGUUCGUGUUCUGGGACAGCUUCCAUCCUACCGAGGCGGCCUACCAUAUUCUCGUUGAUCAGAUUUUCAGCAAGUAUGCUCGCAAGAUGUUCUGAGAUAAUCAGUGCCGGUCAUGUCAGUUCGGCCGGGGGGAAAAGAGUAGACAUUGGUGUCUUUUUUUGCUCAAACAAUGCAUUCCAAUCUUGUCCCCCCAUGCAAUUUGGGUCCCGCUGUUUUCUGUUGCCGUAAUUGCAUGAUU